AUGCCACAGAAGAAACGAACACCAGGACGUAGAUCUGAACCGAAAUUGUUCAAAUGUACAGGCUUUGGCAACUGCGACAUGGUCUUUACCAGAAGUGAACAUUUGGCUAGACAUGCCAGAAAACAUACAGGCGAGAAACCAUUCAGAUGUGUUGUGCCUAAUUGUGAUCGCAUGUUUAGCAGAUUUGAUAAUAUGAUGCAGCACACCCAUACUCACAAUCGUCCAAAGAAGAAGGACUCCUCUGACUCAUCUGAAGGAAAGCUCUCUCCCAUGUCGAUUCCCGAAGAUCAUAGUAUGAUGCAUGUGCCUUCUUUACCAAGUUCUCCUGCUACAAGCACUAUUAUGAUGGAAAAUCAUCAUCAUUUGCUCAGCGAUGAGGAAAAAUUCGCAUCAUAUUAUCAAAAUCAGCAUCAACCAACAUCUCCCGCUUCCGAGAAAGAUUUCGUCAAGUACAAGCAGCAGCUCUACGGCUACUCACCUCAACCUUUCUCAUCUUCAGAAUCUACCAGUGCCUCAUCUCAACAAAACCAGCGACAAUGGAGUCCAAUGUACUAUAACAGCCCCACAUCUCCACCUCACAACGCAAGUUUGAUGAACGCACUUCCCCCUGCUCAUCCUCCACCAUCCAGUGUUACUUCCAAUACAGUAGCACAAGCACCCAAACCCUUUUCUUCUGUUACAUCUACUGAGUAUUUCCAUCACACCCAACAUCAACAUCAACCACGCAAAAACUCCAUGCACAGUGAAACCACACCCACCAUGUUGAAAAGACGUUUGUCCUACGUAGAUCUUUCGACUCCUAUUCAAGAAUUAGGUCAUACUUACAGCACGCCCUCCUCCACCUCAUCCUACACAACAUCAGAUGAAGAGGCAGACGAAGACGUCGACACAGCAACAAAGCAUACUAGCAUGCCUUCCUAUUUACAGUCCCGCUUUAAAGCUGAUGGCAUUGAUAUCACUCCUGAUGAAUUUGAAGCUCUGCAAGGCUUUGGCAAAUUCUGCUCUGAACCUGUUGUAAGAGAGCCCAUCUUGAUGACUCGUAUCACUACUUCGCCAACAUGUUCAGUUUCAUUUCCCAUCAAAUUACCACCUUUACGCAAUGUUUCUCCCACUGCUGUCAUCAGCAACUACACAACUUCUCAAAUCAAUGCUUUCCGCCAGCAAAUCUCCACUGCUCAUGAAUCUUUCUCAAGAAAUCGUACAUAG